AUGCACAAAGCCCAAAGCCAGCUGUUCACCUGUACCCAUAAUGGACACUGUGAACACCAUCAUGGAGGGGCCUCAGGCAUCCUGGGACUGGCCAGGUUUUUCUGUCACCUGGACAAGGAUGGCAGCUGGCCCCUGGAUGAAGGGGAGCUGAGGUAGGGCCUGGCAGAGCUGGGGCUGGAAGUGGACAAGGCAGAGGCAUUAUGCAGGCGCUGGCACUGGGACGGUGAUGGCAGUGGGACCCUGGACCUGGAGGAGUUCCUAUGGGUGCUACAGGCCCCCAUGUCCCAGACUCUGGAUGCUGUCACUACAGCUGCUUUUGCCAAGGUGGACCAAACUGGGGAUGGUGUGGUGACUGUAGAUGACCUGAGAGGGGUGUGCAGUGGGGAGUGGAUGGAGGAUGCUGCCUCCCCCCAAGGCAGUGUCAUUGGUCUAGGUCCCCUCACAGCCAGCACAUCCACAGGUCACACUAGCUGAGUUCCAAGACUAUUACAGCA